AUGAACAUAUCUCUGACUUUAUUAGAUACUGUAUACAAUAUUGCCAGUGCUUGGGAUACAGUUACCACUACUACCAUUUUGAAUUGCUGGAAAAAAAUGAAUAUUAUGAAUACUAAUGACAUGACUACUACCACACAUUUUGUCAAAAUCAAUAUACAAGAUGAAGAAUUACAAUUAAAUUUAGCUUUGAAUGUUCUUGAACCUUUGGUAAAUUACAAAAUCUUGAAUCCUCAAGAAUAUAUUGACAUUCCUGCUGAAAAUGAAGCUAUUUACCGCAUGCUUAGCAUUGAAGAAAUAAUGAAUACCAUUAGUCAAUCAGACGAUACUAUACUGACAAUAGUGAUAAUAAUGGACCAGAGUUUUCUAAAAUAUUAA